CAUCUUACAUAGAAAACUGGUAAGUUACGUUAAAUCUUCACAUAUGGUAACCCCAAAUAUGGAUUCCGAUUUAAUCAUUGGCCUUCUGUGCUGGACAAUGAUAUUGCUACAUUACAUAUUGAAGCUGCAAAAUAAAACAACCCAUCUCUUCUUGUUCCCUCAUAAAGACAAAUACAUUCACAGAGAGACUCACAGUUUCUGUUCUCAAAGAUUGGUUUUUUGUUGUGAAGUUGGGCUGCAAUGGCUGUCUCCUCCUACAAAUCUCAAAUCCUUUUCCCUUCUUUGAAUCCCAUUCCCAAGUUUAAUGCUCCUCGAAAUUGCUUUUUCCCACACCCAAUUCCUCACGCAAAGCAACUAAGUCAAAAAACCACUCUGGUCUCUGCAUUUCCCGGCACUGUAUCUGAUAGUUCAACCCAAAAAGUACAAUCUUUCGAUGAGUUGAUUGAAUCAUUGAUAGAUCGUGUUGAUUUAUCUGAGGCUGAGGCUGAGGCUUCCCUUGAUUUUUUACUAAAAGAUGCAAAUGAGGCACUGAUUAGUGCUUUUCUUGUUCUGCUGAGAGCUAAAGGGGAGACAUAUGAAGAGAUUGUGGGGUUGGCAAGGGCAAUGCUCAAGCAUAGUGUGAAGGUAGAAGGGUUGAAUGAUGCAGUUGACAUUGUUGGAACGGGUGGUGAUGGAGCAAACACUGUGAACAUUUCCACUGGGGCUUCAAUACUUGCUGCAGCUUGUGGUGCAAAAGUUGCAAAGCAAGGAAACAGGUCAAGUUCCUCCGCCUGUGGAAGUGCUGAUGUAUUAGAAGCAUUGGGAGUAGCUUUUGACUUGGAUCCUGAGGGGGUUACGAGGUGCGUGAACGAAGGAGGAAUUGGGUUUAUGAUGGCUCCAAGGUAUCACCCAGCCAUGAAGAUUGUCAGCCCUGUUAGAAAAAAGCUAAAAGUGAAAACUGUGUUCAACAUAUUGGGCCCAAUGUUGAAUCCAUCUAGGGUACCUUUUGCUGUUGUUGGAGUAUAUAAAGAAGACUUGGUCUUAAAAAUGGCUAAAGCAUUGCAACUUUUUGGCAUGAAAAGAGCAUUAGUUGUUCACUCAGAGGGCUUAGAUGAAAUGAGCCCCCUAGGACCUGGGCUAAUCCUUGAUGUCACUCCAAAAAACAUUGAGACAUUCUCAUUUGAUCCAUUGGAGUUUGGCAUUCCCCGCUGCACCCUAGAUAGCUUGAAAGGUGGGGAUCCAGAGUAUAAUGCGGAUGUUCUAAAGCGUGUGUUAUCAGGACAGAAAGGGUCCAUUGCCGAUGCACUUAUAAUGAAUGCAGCAGCUGCUUUAUUGGUUAGUGGUCAAGUGAACACCUUGGGUGAAGGGAUAAUUUUGGCUCGUGAAACACAAGAAUCAGGAAAAGCUCUUCAGAGGCUUAAUUUGUGGAUAGAUAUUUCCAAUAAAUCAAAAAACGAAGCAGCCCUUAAGUAUGCCUGAGACUCUAAUAUCAGUUAGGGAGUUCUGAAGAUUGAAAGCCAAAAAAUAGCAUGGGAAAUGUCAAAGUAUUCUGACAUGUGAAGGCUUCUAAGUAUUCAGACAUGUGAAGACUUUGAAGAGUAUAAACUUUCACCUGCUUAAAUUUUGAAUAGCCCAUUUAAAGCCAAAUCUUGUAAUCAGUAGAGCUUUAUGCUUCAUGCUGAUGUUUUUCAAUUUUAGGGAUGUUUAUAUCCCAGUUGUUUCUCAAGAUGUAAGAGACCUACAAGAAUUGAUAAAUGCAGUAUUUCACUUUGAAGUAGUA